AGCGCGAUGGCGGAGAUUGUUGACGGUCACGGGUUUAGUGGGAAGGAAAAGAUUACGGAGAUUUUGAACCGUCGGCACAAGGAGCGGGAAAUUCAGAUUCAGGCGGCCAAGUUGGAGAGGGAAAAGGAUGCGGACGAAACGGAGGCGAUGCAGUUUUUCGAGUCUUCGUUCGACGAGAAGGUUAAGCUGAUUGGAAAUAGCUUGGCCACGGUCGGCAAAAGUGAGCACAAGGCACAGGUGUUUGCCGAGGUGCAAAACGAGAUCUACGACCUGCAGCGCUACCUUUCGACGUCCACGUUCUUCCUGAACGAGUACAAGAUCAAGGUUUGUCAGAACACAAUUACAGAUCUUUGCAAACAACUGGAAACACUGAAGGCGGAGCUGAUUCCGAAGAAAAAGUUCGGCUUCAAGAGCAAGAAGAUAGUCAAGACGAGCGCGGAAAAGUUCACCUUGGACAAGCUGGACGGAGCAAAAGACGCGAGUGCCGGUGAAGACCGCAUGAAGUGGACAUUUGCCAACCGGAAGAACGAAUUAAUCGAGUUGCCACGAGAAAAGAUCGACGACCAAACUAUCACCGGUUCUGAUCUUACCAACUGCGUCAUCCGCCUGGAAGGUCACUCCGGGUCGCUGCAGUUUGCCAAACUGGAGAAUUGCCUAGUCAUCUGCGGACCCACAGCUCGUUCCAUCUUCCUGGACGACUGCCACAACUGCAAAUUCGUCGUCGCUUGCCAGCAGCUCCGAUGCCAUCGGUCGCGGAACUGCGACCUCUACCUGAAAGUCACCUCCCGGGCCAUCAUCGAAGACUGCGCGCAAAUCCAGGUGGCCGAAUACAACGGAAUCUACCCCGACCUCGACGGUGACCUCCUCAAAUCCGGCCUCGACUCCACAGUCAACAAUUGGAACAUCCUCGACGACUUCAACUGGCUUUCAACGGACAAACCCUCCCCAAAUUGGUCCAUCCUAGAGCACGAUCAACUAAUCCUCAACUGGUCUGCCUACCAAGACCAGUUCCAGCAAACUCACUCGCUUUGUAAUACCUUUGAAUAAAACACAAGCUUCUUUUCUCUCAA